GAUGAAUCGCAAAUAAGGACCGAUAAUAACUAAAGUUUCAAGCCAUCGCUUUGGAUAAAGGCUUAUUGGAAACUAUACUAGCAAAAAAUUUCAUAUCGUGAACUACAGUGUUCAACCGUCAAUUUGAAAGCCACAGAGGAGGGUAAUAUUAAUAUUAGACUUUUCUUGGCCAGUCUUGGUUCAGUUUGCACUCCGAUACGGUUGCUGACUGAUCCUUUGAUAUACAUUAUGCAGUGCAAAUAAGCCAAGAGUAUGAUGCUCAUAUGGAUUGAUUGCUUCCAAUUGCAAGUUAUUCUUGUUUUUUUGCUAUUUCAGCCUGCAAUCAAGGGUAAGUAUCAGCUUUAUGUUUUAGGUCAAUUACUAUUUUCACUUCUGGCGAAGCCAGAAACAUUAAUCAUAAUUCAUUAAAUAAAGUUUUACUUUAUAGAGUGCGAAGAUAAACGCAAACAAAAUGCAUUCAAAUUUUCCUCUCUAUAUAGCAUUUGUCAUAGAACACAGAAUUUAUGAUUUGAAAUGAAUUUGGAUUCGGCCAGAAGGGGCAAAUUUACCCGGUGUAAUCUCCGAAUAAUUUGCAUCUUUCAUAACUUUAAUAUAACUGUGACAAUAAUGUUUCCAACCAAAUUGUCCAUAAUUAUAUUCUCCGUUAGAUAACUAUAACAUGAAAAUUUGGAUCCCUAGGUUCAUAACCUAUUUCAGUCACGGUUAUCCACUUAGCCCUGAUUUUCACGUUUGAUUUUCAAUGCUAAAAUUUUAUGACAACCUCAUGGGCUGAAUACUCAUAGCACUAUUGAGAAUGUCUGUCUCGAAGCGAGUGCGCUUCAGUAAUUGUCGAAGAACAGUAAAAACAAGUUCAUUAUGUUUACCAACUAAAGAAGAUUAAUCACACACUUGGGAAAUUUUUGUGCAACUUAAUUUUGUUGUGUAACGACAAUUUCAAUACGAGUUGCACGGAGAAAGUGCUCAGUGGAGCGGGCAGUUUAUACACAGUAGUAUCUAAAUCUUGCAGUCUCCGAAAAUAUUGCUAAUAUUCCGUCAUUUUUUCAAAACCAAAUGACACAAAAUGGGGCCAUAAAUUGCAAGGCUCAGGGCCCGGUUCCUGAAAGGCUGAUUAGCGCUAAUCCAGGAUUAAAAUUUUGUCAUGACAUUUUGUUUUACCUUCCUAUGCAUUGCUUAGAGAUUGUGUUAUCAUUUCUUUUAUUCGAAGUAAAGGCACAACAGUAUUUUGUAAGCUCGAGGUACAUGUUCUUAGGCAAGGAAUACCUUGCUUAAAAUUUGGCUUAAUCCUGGUUUAAAUUUAACCAUGUUUCGAGGAAUGGGGCCCAGAUGGCUUAAAAACAACGAGUUGCACGGAGAAAGUGCCUAGUGAAGCGGGCAGUUUAUACACAGUACUGUCUAAAUCUUGCAGUCUCAGAAAAUAUUUCUCUUAUUCCGCCAUUUUGCCAAAACCAAAUGACACAAAAUGAGGCCAUAACUGAAAGUGCAAGACUCAGCCAAUGGCCUAAAAACAAAGGUUUUCUUUUUUCACUCCUUUAAUAGUUGACUCCCUUAAGUGUUACCAUUGCAAGGGGCCUGACGACGGUCGACCCUACCCAAUGGAGACAUGUGAAAAGGAGGAGACAGAGAUGACGUGCACCACACUAAAUAACAUGGAAAUGGCGUGUGGCAGAUAUCAUCACCAGAUAAAUUCAAGUGCAUCAGUACAUGAAGUAGAAGGCAGAGCAUGUGUACCGAAGCAGGAUUGUCAUUGGAUAGGAAUGUCUUGCCGGGCUAUCAUACUGGCCGGAGGAGAUUGCGAAUAUUCGUGUUGUGAUGAAGACUUUUGCAAUAAUGUAUCUUCGCUUUCCGCGGAUAAUUGUUUAAUCGCCGGAGGAUAUUUUUGUGGGCUUCUUUAUUUAUAUAAAUUAACAUUUAGUAACUGAUCAUCAUAUUUAGAUGCAUGAUUAUGGGUAUUGUGAUUGACAGCUAGUUUUAAUCGUUUUCGAGUGGUCAGAAAACUUUGGCUCCUUGGCAUUGUCCCGGAUAGAAUAGUCACUCGCCAACCCGAGCCAAGUUCCAUGCAUUCCUUUACGAAACUUGGCAAACUGAUUACAUGAGAAAAAAAACGUUGGCUCUCCUAGAAGGGUGUUGCGGCUAGACUUGUCACGCUUUUUCGAUUGUAGGGUCAUCCUCUUAGCCGGACAAAUAUUUCUCCAUUAGAACACUUGGGCUCCCCCACAGCGGGUCAACUCGGUCAAGGCGAAACAAUCAGAGCAUGAAAAAACAGCCGACAUCUGGCGACGCUGCCACUGGUUUUCCAGCUAAAUGCAUGACGUCUGAGAAACAAGCGUAGAAAUUCCAUACUGAUGACGCGUCACUACCCAGAUCUGGGUAGUGCUUCUGAUCGGUUGAAUCAAGUUUCCCAUGCGGCACGACCAAUCAGAAGCACUACCCAGAUCUGGGUAGUGACGCGUAAUCAGUAUGGAAUUGCUGCGCUCGUUUCUGAGACGUCAUUUGCGGGGAAAUCAGUGGUAACGUCGCCAAAUGUACAUGUUCGCUGUUUUCUCGGGCUAAGACAAUCAGAGCGGGCGUGAGCGCUCUUGCCAGCUCCUGGCUCGGACUAAGGGGUCAUUUUUAUUUCUCAAAUAGUAAACGCUCAAUAAAGUUGACUCAGCUUGGAAGAUGAAUCUCUUUCCCGAGAUACCUUUUCUGGAAAGAAGCGGGGCCUUAUUCUUUUCUCGCGUUGUAAAAUAUAACUGUGAUUAAACUGAAAAUACGUAGUCACUGACGGAUGUACAACCGAAACACGUUCGGAAAUAACAAAAAGUGGUAUGUAUAGUUUUUAAAAAUAUCUACAAUGUUAGAGAAGUUGUGAAGUGCACGCGUAAGGUGUUUCAUCAAUCAAUGACGUGGGUUUUUAAAGAAGAGAUUACAGCCGCCUUUCAAGAAGGCGCAGACCAAGAGACCGUCCAGGUCCUGUUAUGAUUUCUUGGCGCGGAGGACGCGGACAUAUCCCUGUGAAAUGACUUGUCUGUUAAUAAACAGUCUUCUCUAACGUUAAGAAAUUGGCCACUUUCAUCGGUUGUUUAAUUUUUAGCUCAGGGUCGGUGUUCAAUGUCGAAUUGCCGUGUGGAACAGCUUUGAAGGACGCAUUUUGAUCCGGUUUUCUGCGUAACCUCCUAAUACACCGCUAUAGAGCGUUUUCACUCACGUGGCCCACAUCUAUGCAAUUUUUUUGGAACAAUGGAAAGUCUCUGCAUAAGAAGAGAGUUAACUACCACUGGAUUGGUUUGGAACAUCAACAUAGCCGCGGUUCAUUGUUUUGGAACACCAAUGGCCACCGCUGUGAAAACACUCUCUACGGAAAGGAAGUAACAAUGUUCUCUAAAAAGUCCCUAAGUGCAAUUCAACACAACUCUGACCCAGCCUUACGCGCAUCCUCAAAAUGAAAUUGCUGACGUCAUGGAGGCCAUGUUGGGCGACAAAGACAAAGCAGUUUCUUUUCGCUGCGAACUAGAGUCUUUGUUCAAGCAAAUUUGCGAACAAAAAUGGUGUUGUUUUGCCAAACAAACGUGGCCGCCUUGUUGCAAACCAAAAGAAAACCAUUAUGCCUUUUUGGAGGCUCGUUAUCAAUAUAAGGUGGCUCUGCGAUUGCUGUAAUGAAUGAAUGGCACUUUACUUCAAUGGGGCGC